AUGCGCAGUCUGAACCAAGACCAGAAUCAGACCAGGACCAGACCGGAGUCACAGAUGCUGGAGCUGUGUAAAAUCACCCCCUUCUUGUAUAUCUCAAACGCGCGCUCGGCCUGCAGUACCGCCCUCCUCCUGCAGGAGCGCAUCACACAGUGCAUCAACGUGAGCACGAAGCAGCCGUUUCCUGCGGUGAUGCUGACACAGCUGCGCGUGAGCGUGCUGGACGAGCCGCAGCAGGACCUAUACGCACACCUGGAUGUGUGUGCAGACGCCAUAGCGGCCGAGGAGCAGCGCGGUGGCAGGACGCUGGUGUUCUGCAAGAAUGGGAGGAGCCGCUCUGCAACUGUCUGCACUGCGUACCUGCUGAAGUACCAACAGCUGUCUGUGGAGGGCGCUCUGCAGAUAGUAAGAGCAACACGUCAUGUGAUCCAACCAAACCCCGGUUUCAUGUUACAGUUGCAGACCUACGAGUCAGAUCUACGGGAGAGGAGAGAGAUGACCUCCUCCAGGAGCAUACAGAGUGCAGAGAGCUGA